AUGGAGACCAAGGUCAGCCAUGGGCUCUGGCCGGCGCCGUCGGCGCUCCCGCAGGCGCUCCGGUCCAUGCUCGCAGACAGCCUGCGGCCCUCACCAUCGACAACCUACAGGCCGCGACCCUCCUCCAGCAGCUCAACGUCCCGGCGCCGGCCAUGCGACCGCGCGCGCUUCGCUGUCGCUGUCCGAGCCGCCGAUCGACACGGCGCGUGGCUGGACGUUCCCGCCCGUCGCGGUCUCCGAGGCCGACGACAACUGCUUUUCGAGCGCGAGGUGAAGCUCAAGCUACCGGCGCGGCUCAUGGAUGUGCUAGGUGUCGUGCGGCGGCUGCGCGACACGGCGAUCAUUGACUUUCCACCCGAAGUCUUCUUGCAGCGCCCGGCGACGCUCCAAUACCUCUUGCACCCGUCGCGACGCCGCUUCUCGAGUCUUCCGCGGGCUUUGGCGACGCACGUCCUUUGCGACCUCACGGCCGGAUGGCUGCAGCCGUGCCGCCUCCUCGCGCAUGCCACGUCGCCGCAUCACACCUCUCGAUAUCCCUCUUCUGCAGGCGCACCGGUAGAUGGCAGCUGGUCGCUCGCUGGCGGGUUUCACCAAGUCGUUGCGCUCGUGACGGCGCCGCAAGUCCACCUCGUCGCCGCUGUCGCACCAACGUGGCGUUGCGACGCAGACGGCCGUGGUCAGGACGCUUCGCGCUUCACGCGGCUUUUCAUCGCCAACGUGCUCCUUGCGCCACACGUCGACAAGCACGCCGUCAUGGCGCUUCUCAUACUGGUCACCGACGUCUCUCCGCAGUUGACGCGGUCUGAAAUGCGUACCGGUACAGUCGAAGCCCUCUAA